UUCUAGCAUUCCAAACCUCAACAACAACAACAUAAUCAAUCCUUCUUCACCCUCUUCUCACACAACUAUGGCAAACUCGAUAAACAAGAAACUUUACACUAAAAUCACCCUACUAUCUCUCCUUUUCCUAUUCUUUUUUUUAGUAGCUAAAUCAAUAGCAUACAGCCCUGAUUUCAGUUUAGCCAUCGGUUGUGGCUCCUCAACAAAUACUACCUUAGAUAAACGAAUUUGGGUUGGUGAUAAUAUUGAUAACAAAAAUCUCUUUACUUUCAUUGAACAAAAAACCACAAACCCAUCUCUUAAAACAUCACCUAGUUCCGCUUCAAACAUCGAAAUUCCAUACACAACCGCGCGUAUCUCUCUCUCAAGUUUCACAUAUUCAUUUUCUACCAUCACUAGUUCGCCUGUUUUUGUUCGUCUUCAUUUUUACCCAACAUCUUAUCAAAACUUUGAACCUUCGAAAGCAUUUUUUUCAGUUGAAGUAAACAACAAAAUUACCCUUCUUAAAAACUUCAACCCUUCACUUUGGAUUCAUGAAGAUGGGGAAAAAAUCACCAAAGAAUAUUGCAUUCAAAUCAAAUCAAAUGAGAAGCUAAACAUAACUUUCAUUCCGGCCAAUAAUAUAAAUCAAUCAAAUCCUUAUUAUGCCUUCAUUAAUGGAAUAGAAGUCGUGUCUAUGCCUUCUUUUCUAUAUUACACAAACCUCAAUGACCCAAAAUAUUAUUUGAAAUCACUUGACUUUGACAACACGAACUACCAAGUUCUUAACGACAAAGCGUUAGAGACGGUUUAUAGAGUCAAUGUCGGUGAAAGUCAAGUUCCACCGGGUGAUGAUACUGGUAUGUUUCGUAAUUGGGACAAUGAUUUUCCUCGUUACUUGGAGAAACAAUAUCCACAAAGCAUAUCAAGUGAUUUUAAACAUCAUCUUAACUAUGAAAACAACACCAUUCAAAAUUACACUGCACCAGAAGUUGUGUACUUAACUGCAAGAAGUUACGGACAGUAUGCCACAGAGGAGUACAAUGUAACUUGGAAUUUUGAAGUUGAUUCUAAUUUUACUUAUAUGGUAAGGUUACAUUUUUGUGAGUUUGAUCCGAAUAUAACAAAUAAAGGUGAUAGAGCCUUUCAGAUUUUCAUAGUUAAUAGUAUGGCUGAGGAAAACGCUGAUGUGAUACGGUGGAGCGGUUCUCGUAUGGUUCCUGUUCAUAAGGAUUAUACUGUGUCUAUAAACUCUGAAGAAGGAAGCUCUCAAAUUGAAAGAGUUAACCUUUCGCUCAAGUUACAACAAUUACCAAAGACCAUGUUUACAAAAUACCGUGAUGUUACGUUGAAUGGAAUCGAGAUUUUUAAAAUAAGCGAUAAAAAUAAUAAUUUCUUUGGACUGAAUCCAAAACCCUUUAUUCUAUCUCCCACAGAACAAGGUUUACCAACUGAGCAGUCGAAGAAAUCAACCAUAGUUAUCGUCGUUGUUGUUGUAGUUUCAUGUCUUAUGCUAGCAUCUGUUAUUGGAGUGAUAGUUUUUGUUAGAAGAAGAAGAAGAUUUGAAUCUCAUGUUGAAGAAAUGGAUGAAAGCUCAUGGACAAAAAAGAAAGAAGGCGAAGUUUCAUCGUCUUUACCAUCCCAUUUGUGCCGCUAUUUUACAAUAACAGAGAUAAGAGCUGCUACAAACAACUUUGACGAUAUUUUCAUCAUUGGAGUUGGAGGGUUCGGCAACGUGUACAAAGGUUAUAUUGAUGGAGACAUACCUGUUGCGAUAAAACGUCUUAAACCAGGUUCUCAACAAGGUAUAAAUGAGUUCAUGAAUGAGAUCGAAUUACUCUCUCAGCUUCGUCAUAUUCACUUGGUUUCUCUCAUUGGAUAUUGCAACGAAGGUGAGGAGAUGAUUCUCGUUUAUGACUUCAUGCAACGUGGCACUCUCCGUGAAUAUCUUUAUGGUUCGGAUAAUGAACCUCUUACUUGGAAGAAGAGACUUGAGAUUCUGUUGGGGGCAGCAAGGGGGUUACAUUAUCUUCAUGCUGGUGUAAAGCACAAUAUCAUACACCGUGACGUGAAGAGUACCAACAUAUUGUUGGAUGAAAAAUGGGUGGCUAAGGUGUCUGAUUUCGGGUUAUCAAAAGUGGGACCAACAGGAAUGUCUAUCACUCACGUCAGCACCGUGGUGAAGGGUAGUCUUGGAUAUUUAGAUCCAGAAUACUACCUUCGUCAAAGGUUGACUCUAAAAUCCGACGUGUAUUCUUUCGGUGUUGUCCUUCUUGAGGUGUUGUGUGCGAGACCACCAUUGGUUCGUUCUUCUGAAAAGAAAAAAGCGAGUUUAGUCGUUUGGUUUCAAAAAUGUUACAAUGAAGGUGUCAUAAUUGAAGAGAUGGUAGAUCCGUUCAUAAAAGAUUCUAUAACAAGUGAGUGUUUGAAAUGUUAUUGUCAAAUGGUUUUAAGUUGUUUGCAUGACGAUGGAAAUCAACGAAUGUCAAUGAGUGAUGUUGUUGGAGCUUUAGAGUUUGCAUUGCAGUUGGAGAUGAGUGAGGAAGAUACUAAGUCUGGUUGGACUCAUGAAAAGGAAAAAAGUGAGGAAAGACAACAAGUGUCACAGUUUACAAGUGAAGAUGGAAGUGAUGUUUGUUUCACGAGUAGCAGUGAUGAUUACGGGUCUCAAACAAGCAAGGUAAGCACCAUUUCAGCUAGUACAGAAGAUCAGCAUCUACUUUAUGCUACGGUGUUUUCUGAGAUCGGGAAUCCAAGAGCAAGAUAGAUAGUUGUCACUCAUCCUAAAAUUUUGAAAUGUAUGUUUUAUAAAGAUUACUAUAGUGUGUAAUUUAAUCGUUUAUAAUUUGUUGACGUUGCACACAUGAUGCAUUGAAGAUAUGUUCCAGGAAAAACUCCAGUCUCAAAUUUUAAAGUGAUAAUGUCUAAUAUUAGUUUGUAAGAAUCAA